UGGAGUGCCUGGUCAGUGUUGUGAAUGAGGGAGUCAUGGCAGACCACACCCCCCCACUGGAGUCCAGCCAGAUACUCAGCCCCGACCUCCCGCUCCUCGCCUCGCCUCCCCCAGCCAUGGUCAACGGAGAGGGACCCCAGCAGGUAAUCCUGGUGCAGGUGAACCCAGGUGAGGCCUUCACUAUACGGCGAGAGGAUGGUCAGUUUCAGUGUAUCACAGGCCCUGCUCAGGUUCCCAUGAUGUCCCCUAAUGGUUCAGUGCCUCCAAUAUAUGUGCCUCCUGGAUACGUUUCACAGAUCAUAGAGGAGAAUGGAGUACGACGUGUUCUGGUCUUACCUCAGCAGCCAGAGUUCCACCCUGGGGGCCACUCCCCCCUGCACCCCCCUCCUCCACCCCACGCCCACCUGCCCGCCUUCAUCCCCCACCCUGCCAUGUUGCCCCCCCCACCCCACCUCUACACAGGCAUGGCGGGGGGUGUGGGAGACAUGAGCUCCCAGUAUAUACCACAGUACCACCCAGCACACAUUUACUCAGAGCAGGUCUCGGCAGAUUCUCAUUCCUAUUCUCAUUCCCCACACGGAACCGCGGGGGCCAGCAAGACCUACGAGCGUCUGCAGAAGAAGCUCAAGGAGCGGCAAGGGGGAGAGAGAGGAGGAGGAGGAGGUGGUCAGAUGAAGGACAGCCCCCCUCCCUCGCCGCAGAAGAGUCGAAGCAGCCCGCCCUCCAUGGACAGUAUCUACAAUGGGGUGGUUGGAGGAGUGAAGGGGCUGGAGGCUGAACUGGGACCGGGACAGACCAGCACCACCGCCAAGCAAAUGGAGAAAGAACCUGGAGACAUGGAUAAAGAGGCUCAGCUCCUACAGGCCCUGUUGAACACUGUCAGUAAACCAGUGGUGACAGACAUCCAGGCCAGAGGGGCAGUGUUGAGCUGGGUGGCCCCCAGCAGGGCAGAGGGAGAGGGGGUCAGCCCCUCCCUGGAGCCUCUCAGUUACGAUGUGUCCAUCUCCUAUAGCGGCAAGGACGGGAAGUACACCAGCAUGUACAGUGGUGAACAACUAAGUGUAACUUUAGAAGACCUGAGGCCAGCAACAGACUACCACGUCAGGGUCCUGGCCGUGUGUUCAGGGCAGUGUUUACGCGGCAGUCCGUCGGAGGCAGUAGCCUUCACCACUCGGAGCUGCGAACCAGACCCCCUGCCCCCCAGAAAGGCCAGUGGCUCCAAGAGCAGCACCCUCGUCCUCCAGUGGAAGGCCCCGUGUGACAACGGCUCCAAAAUCCAGAACUACACUCUCCAGUGGGACGAGGGGAAAGGGACCGGGGGUUAUGAGCAGUGUUACUAUGGACCUCAGAAGCAGUAUCGGGUCACCAAGCUCUCUCCAGCUUCAAGAUACUCCUUCCGCCUCGCAGCCAAAAACGACAUGGGUAUAAGUGAGUUCUCUGAGACAGUUGACCUGUAUACCUCGUGCAGCGUACCCUCCCCGCCCCUCCCUCCAGAGCUGGUGAAGGCAGGGGUGACCUGGUUGUGUCUGACCUGGCAGAGACCCUCCACUUCCCCCAAGGAGGACGAUAUCUUCUACAGCCUGGAGAUGGAUGAGGACGAGGGUUAUGGCUUCCAACCCAGCUAUGAUGGUGAUGAGCUAUCCUGCACUGUCAAGAACCUGCACAGGAGCACCAAGUACAAGUUCAGGGUGGCAGCCUACAACACCGAGGGGAAGAGUAACCCCAGUCAGGUGGCAGAGUUCACUACCUGUCCAGACAGACCAGGAGGACCAUGUAGACCUGUCAUCAGAGGCAGGGUACUGCCCAAUUCCUUCAGACUGGCAUGGGAACCUCCUAAAGAUGAUGGAGGGGCGGAAGUGACCAAAUACGUGGUGGAGAUAUCUGAGGGACUAAGCGGUGUGUCGUGGGAGCUGGCGUACAGUGGUCCAGCCAUGGAACAUGUGUGUGAGGGGCUGAAGCCAGGCCACUCCUACCAGACCAGAGUUUACUGCAUGAGUGAGGGGGGGCAAAGCCCACUGUCAGAGACUCUGCAGGUCCAGACUCCCGCGGUGCCCCCAGGGCAGUGCCAGCCGCCCCGCGUGGUGGGCAAGCCCAAGGCCAGAGAGGUGCAGCUACGUUGGGGGCCGCCGUGUGUGGGCGGUGGCAGCCCGGUGUCGGUCUAUAGUGUGGAGGUGUGUGGCGCUGGUCCUCAGGGGUCAACAGGUCAAGAGGAGGUCAGGGAGGUGUACCAAGGUUCGGAGGUCGACUGCACCGUGGGUAGUCUGCUGCCGGGACGGACGUACAGCUUCCGCCUCCGGGCCGCCAACAAGGCUGGGUACGGACCCCUGUCAGAGCAUUGUGAGGUGACCAUGGGCCCCGGGGCUCCAGAGCCCUGUAAGGCCCCUCACAUCACCUGCAAGUCCCCUACUGUGGCUGUGGUCAGCUGGGAGGCUCCAGCAUGUAACGGGGGGGUCGUCUCAGAGUACCGCGUGGAGUGGGGGGCGGCGGAGGGCACCAUGCAGGUAUGUUUCAGCGGUACCAGCCUCACCCACGAGGUCAAGGGACUGCUGCCUGCCACCAACUACUUCUGCCGGGUUCAGGCUGUGAACGUGGCUGGCGUAGGUCUGUUCAGUGAGGCUGUCCUCUGUCAAACUCCUCCUUCUGUACCUGCGGCCGUUAGCAGUGUCCAUGCCCUCAAAGAGGCGGAGCUACGGGGAUACCACACCUCCACAGACCAGGAGGAAGAGGAGGAGGAGGAAGAGGAGGAAGAUGGACCCCCCACGCCUCCUCUCUACUCACCCUCUACUUGUCUAGCUGUUGGUUGGGAGCCGCCAUGUGACCACGGGGCUGAGAUCUCCUCCUACCUCAUAGACCUGGGAGAGAGACAGUCCAUCUCUGUCGGACCAGUCACCAAGUAUAUCAUUCAGCAUCUGCAACCGGACACCAGCUACAGGAUUCGUAUCCAGGCUCUGAACAACCUAGGAGCAGGUCCGUUUAGCCACACCUUUAAGUUGAAGACCAAGCCUCUCCCUCCCCAGCCCCCCCGGCUAGAGUGUACUGCGUUCAGCCACCAGACCCUCAGGCUGAAGUGGGGUGACGGACCGGCCAAGGCCACGCCCUCAGACGCCCUCCAGUACCAGCUGCAGACUGAGGACAAGAGAGGCAGGUUUGUCUCCUUGUACAGAGGGCCCUGCCACACUCACAAAGUCCAGCGUCUCAAUGAGUGUACCUCGUACAUGUUCCGCAUCCAGGCCUUCAACGAAGCGGGCCAAGGUCCCUUCUCCACGGUUUACACCUUCACCACCCCCCGCUCGCCCCCCGCCCCUAUUAAAGCUCCCAGAGUGGAGCGUGUGGAGGACAUGUCUUCAGUCUGUGAGGUGAGCUGGGAGCCCCUGCUGCCCAUGAAGGGAGACCCCAUCAUCUACACGGUGCAAAGCAUGAUGGGUAACUCUGAGUACAAACAGGUGUAUAAAGGUUCUGCUACGUCCUACCAGAUGCCCGGCCUGCAGCCCAACAGUGAGUACCGCUUCAGGGUGUGUGCCAUCCGCCAGUGCCAGGAUGCUCCAGAGCUGAGUGGUCCCUACAGCCCCACGGUGACGCUCUCCCCCCAGCGCAGUGAGCUGUCAGCGGGCAGUGUGAGCAGUGUGGGCCCCCGGGCUGGAGCUGACCCCGCCAGGCCCUUAACAGAUGAGCAGUGGGCUGCUCUCAUCAUCAUGCUCUGCGCAGUCAUCUCCAUCCUCAUCGCUUUCAUCAUCCAGUACUUUGUUAUCAAGUGAGCUUGUAUCUCCCUUGUUCUCCUCCUCCCCGGUUCCUCCCUUCCUUCUCCUCCAAGCUGCAGGGUUACAGCUUUAAUUUCCUGUUGAUGUUGUAGUUUAUUUCUGUUGUCACCUCUGGGUGAUUAUGAUUAGCACCGGUGAGGGAGUCCAGGAAGCAGGAAGUCCAGAGGAAAUGAUAGCUUCCUGUCUUCCCCCUCCCUAACCUCCCUUUACAGAAGCCUCUCAAUGUUUAACAAGACACCGCUGUGUUCCGUUACCCUGCACAGAAUAGAGUACCACAUUAUGAGUCAUAAUACCCACAACACCUAGCGGUCAAACAGGGAAAUGGUUCCAAUUGGUGUUUUCUCAAUCAUUCAUUUUGUUUCACAUAGUGGAUUUUUUAGAAACACUUAAAGUAAGGGCUUUGUUUGCGUGGAGGCUUGCCCUGUUGUGCCAUUUUGAUAACCCCGUAAAUCUCUUUCAGACUAAGUGACCUUUGUCAAUAAUAUUCACCUGUAUUUACCCUGCGAAACUUAAACGCUAAUUAACUGCUAAUGUGGCUAUCAUAAAGAACUACAAAUACCAUGAUGAUCUGGACGAGACUGCCGAAUCGAGGCAAAGGUAAAAAUCUCUGGAUUAACUAUCUAUUGUUAGCUAAAUGUAGUAAUGAAUAAAUUGGCAAAAAAUUAAAAUAAAUGGACAAUUCUGACAACUGUCUUGUGCAAGUUUUAAGUUGACACAAUACCUGUUAGCUAAGGUGUCAGCUAGAGAUGACGUGCAGGAGCUUGCUGGGAUUUUGUCGUUUUGCGUGUUGUCUACUUUUAUUAAUAAAAGUCCUAGAGAAAUUUACACGGUUAUCAAAAAUGUCACGCCAGGCUACACAAAACACAGCCCUUCAUUUUAAGUGUUUCUAAAAAAAAUCCCCUAUGUGGAAAAAAUGAACGGUGGAAAUAAUAUUGGUACCAUUUCCCUGUUUGACCGCUAGGUUUUAUGGGUAUUGGUAUUGUGACAUCUCCACUGUGAGGCUCUAUACUUCAUUGUGAUUGGUUAACCUGUACAGAAUGGAUAAUGAAGGAGCAGGGUUUUACAGUUAAAAGAUAACUUUCACUCACCAUGUACGUGUCCAACCAUAUAUAUGUAUAGAUUAUUCAUUUAUUUAUAUCGGUGGUUAGAAGGGUCCGGUAUGAAACCAUGUUAGUACAUAGGUUUAUAUUAUAUAGCGUAUGUGCUGUUAGGACCUGGGACCUGAUUUGGCCAGUGUUUUGCACAGAGAUGCACGAUACACAGGUGUAGGUGUGCCACAGUUAAACAUGCUGGCUUCACGACGUGCUCGCGGGACAUAGGAAGCCGGGCAAUGGUACGUCUGACCAAUAAGAUUCAAGCUAGCUGUGAUAGGCUCGCUAACGUCGCUUAUCAUAAAGUUAGCUAGCUUAACGUUGACAAAUAUGGUCAGACUAGCUACAGUUAUCCAAAAUUGAUACGGUUGUAAUUGUCAGAAAUGAAUUUGUCAUUUGUUUUGGUUGAAAAGGUGUUUUAGGUCAGUGGUGAAACAUCUCAAUUCGAGUAACAUCAUUUUCUCAGUUUCUCCACUGGUAAUUCCGAUUUUGAAGGUCAUUCAAGUGAAAUUUCCAACUGGGAACUUCCGAUAACUCCGAUUAGCAUGUGAACACAGCAACAGUUAGGAAGUAGGUGGGUGGGGGGGGUGUGUCAGAGGUCAGGUGUACCACAGAGAUACCUAGGAAGGGGGAAGUGGCCACCACACCUUCUGUAGUUUAUAUAAAGGGUUAAAUAGAGAGGAAGAAUAUAUAUCCAAUUCUUGUUUGCAUUAUAGAAUGUUCAUUUAGCACUUUCUAAUUUUGUUGAUGUUCGGCGGGACGAAGGAGUUGACUGGAGAAACGGUAGUCUAUUUUUGUAUAGUGAAGACACAAGGACAUUAGUUGUUGGAGAAGUUAAUCGCUCAGAAGUAGAGUUUAGGGGAAAAUAAAACAUAAAACCAAACUAACACAAUGAUGAUGAUGAAUAAUUCUAAUUAUUUUUACUAUCAUAUAGUUAUACUGUAGCUUAUUCACAAUCAUGCAGAAUUUUUUUUGUUUUUUUGUUCUUCAGCACAAAACAUGUUCUUCGCUUACUAUUCAUAUUCUCUAUGUUUUUGUGUGUGUUUUUUUUUCACUACUUAAUUUUGCACCUUAAGUGAAAGAGGAAACCUUGACUGAAUGUGUCUUGGUUUUGUUAUCCAUUUUAUAGAACUACGUAUUUUCAGAUUGUACAAGCCCUACUGGUGUUUUGGGUGUUUUAAAAGUUCCAGUACCUACCACAUGAUGUGUUCUCAUAGUAACAACAGAUGUUUUUUCUCCCAUUGGUAUCAGACCAGUUUGUUGUUUUCAGAGGAUUAAAGAAAACAAAAUAAACUUGGAUGCAUUUUCUUAAUUUCUCUUUUUUUUUUUUUUUUUUUUUUUUUUUUUUUUUUUUUUUUUUAGAAAACACAAUUUUUUUUAUUUUAAUUUUUUUUUAGCAAUAUUGAUUUGAUGUUAUCUAGCAUAUAAUACAUAUAAUAUUAAUCAUGAUGAAAUUAACUAGUAGUAUUUGGAGGAUAUCAACGUUUCUGAUUUAUUUUUGAUUUCUUUACAUCAGAGUCAAUCAUGUGAAUAUCUAUUUUUUUAUAAGAUUGAAGUAUAUGGUGUUAUUAACCCUGUGUCCAGAGAAAAUAAGGAAACACCCAUGUAGCUAAAUAAUCAUAAACCAUAAUGAGUCAAAACCACCGCAGAUCAGAACUGUGCUAAACUCGUACUUCCUGUUGAUCUAAAGUUUGGCCUUUUUUUUUCUCUCUUUUUUUUUUUUUUGUGGACACACACUUCCUUCACGCCAUUUCACCCGGUGUGUCACGGGGGGGGGUCGUAGAUUUCAGUGGCGCCGUAUGGGUGCACACAGUAUAGACCCAGCUGAGCACUCGCUCAAGUCUGGAUGGUGGAGUCUAUUCAACGCACCCGCUACACGUUUACUAGUGCAGAAUUUAAAUGUUUAAAAAUCACAUUUAAACCGCUUGUCUUUCCUCCAGUAUUGUCUUGUGAUGGAUCUUGCGGUUUCAUCGGGGAGCCAUAAAGAAGUAAACAAAAUGGCGUCGCUGAAUUCACGUUAUGUUUUGCUUAUUUCAUGCAGCCACAGAAUAAAAAGAAGCUAAACCAACCAUUUAUUUUUGUAUUUGAAUUUCAUCGUUUAAAGUUGAGAGAUAAGUCACUCAAAGUAAGGGAAUGUUCAAUGAGGCUGGGUGUUUUUAAGUCCUCCUCCAGGAUAAUACGGUGUAGGUGAUAUGGUGUAGUUGGUAGGUGAUACGGUGUAGUUGGUAGGUGAUACGGUGUAGUUGGUAGGUGAUACGGUGUAGUUGGUAGCUGAUACGGUGUAGUUGCCCUCCAACAAAUAGAAGACCCAAGGACAUCCGAAAUCCAUCAGUUUAACGAAUGAAGUAACGCUGAAACCGAAUCUAAUUGACACAUAGUCUAAUUCAAUUACGUAAAUUCCAAAAUACUGACAUUUUAAUCGAUAACAAAUGACAUGACCUUCCCCUUGAAUUCUAUCAAAUAAAAUACUGAAGCCUUUUCAAAUAUACGAGGUAAACUGAGAACCAUUGACAACACGAUGACACAAGUCACUGCAAAGGAUUGGGGAAAUUAAUCUGAUCUUGUUCAAUGGAAACACCAAUCCUUUAAUCCCUGUGAUUGACAGGUAUAAUUGCAUGUUGACUAACCAAAUCGCAGUGAAAUUAGAUAAAUCUAGUCGUGAUUAGUUUCAUAUAUUUAAUUCAGUUAAAUUUUGUAGAUCGAUUUAAUAGCAGCAAGCAUGAACGUUUUUUUUGGUUGGCUAGCAAGCUAAACUUGACGUUACACACCCGUUGACAUUUGGGACCAAAUUUUUUUUUUUCAGACACUCUGGCUAGCACGUUGAACAACGUCGGACUGUCCUUGCACUUUGAAACCCACACAGGCACCCGUUACUCCGCCCACCGGGUAAAAAUGGCAUGAAUAUGAGUAUGAGUCCCUCUUUUUUUGUGUGUGUGUUCCACGUCUUUGUGACCGAUUGAUGAGUUAUGUGAGCUAAUCAGUGUCAUCUGUGUUCAGGCAUCAGUGUUGUGUUGUGUUUUGGACAAAUAUGAUUCUGGCUGUUGCAACCAUUAUAAUGAUGAUGAUGAUGAUGAUACAGGUACUUUGCAAACGUUUUUUUUUGGGGGGGGGUGGGGGUUACAUUAAUUUGGUCGACCGGGCAUCUUUUGAUUUCUGAUGUCUUGAUUCUUUUUUUGUCGUUUUAAAAUAAUUAAAUUCCUAUUUUUGAAGGGGAUAGUGAUUGCAUCAUGUGAUUGCAUUGUGACACCUCAGCGUGGUGGCAGAUCAAACUACCGGGCUGAGGGAGAGAAAUAAGAAACAAAACGCUACAACAACAAAAAGAAGAAUUAAAAUAUGCACAACAAAAAAAAAAGAGACCAUUUUUAUGUAAUUUUAAUGUUUGCAGUUACCUCAUAACACCGUACAUUCCAAAAUGAAAAUUUCUUAUACUAUAAAUACUACUAGUACCAGACAUAUCACUUUCAAAUGAUCGUUAUGGGAAUAAACAUGUAUAAUCAUAAGUAUGUAUCUAAAGUGUAUCUGUAUAGCCAUGAUAUCUACAAAGAUCCAUGCACAAUAAAGAUUUAUAAUUCUUAA